UCCAUCUCGCAUUCUUGUUUCUUCACCUUGACCUGUCAUUUUCUGUGUCCGUUACUAACGACCAUUAACGACCCCCCUCCAUUUUCUUCUGCUCUCCCAUCUUUUCUACACAUUUCACAGCCUUUAUAUGCAAUGUUAAGAGCUUCCACAGCUUUUCAGCGGUCCGGAGAAAGAAAAGGGCUGUAAGUUCUGCUCAUUAUAUCUCUCUUCAUGGCUUUAUUUAUUUGAAUUUUUGUUGCAAUCCCAAUUUUGAAUCAAGAGAUCAUCUUGGAUGUGGGUUUUAAGAGCUUUGGAAUAUUUCCUCUCAAGCUAGCUUUUGGGGGUUUGCCCUCCAACCAGGUAGCCUGGAGAUCCGGGGGGGUUAUAUUUCUUUGAAGGGCAGAAAUUGUUUUUCCUUGAAUCUUGUUUGGAUGUGGGAUUCUGGGAUUUUCAAGUUUUCUGUUUUGAUCUUGGGUGAUAUGUAGAGUAUGUAUGUAUAGAUUGUGGUUUCAAGAUCAAAAGUUCACAGAUGUCUGAGAAAGGUGGAAGCUUUAGGGCAAACCCCAGGGUUCAUUGGUGGUUUAAGCUGGUGGUGCUGGGGGCUUGUCUGGUAAUCUUGAUUCUAUGGGGCAUUCAUAGUGUCAAUUUGAGUGUCAUCAAUGCCCCAAAAGAUUUUGUUAUUCUGAAAUUCAAUGGUAGUUCUAAAGAAUUUAGGCCAGAAUUUAAAGAUUUUGGGUAUUCCAAUUUGCAAUUGCCCCCCCAAGAUGAGCCUUCAGGAUCAAGAAUUGGGAAUUGGGUUUUGGCUGAGUUAGAGGAUAACUAUUCAUCAAAGCUUUUAGAAGGUUGGUUGACUCCUGGGGGUGAGCCAUGUAAGGAUUCAAGGAGUGUGGGGAUUAGGGUUCCCGGUUUGGAUGAUCGUGAGGGCCUCGAGUUAUCUACCGGGGAUAUCCACGAGUUUGUUUUCCAGGCGGUGGACGAGAAAGGGCAGGCGCAUUGUUUGGGGGGCGAUUACUUUGAGAUUGAUCUGUCCGGGGAGAAAUGGAAGUCUCGGCCUCCCACUAAGGAUUUGGGCAAUGGUACCUAUAGGUUUCACCUCCAAGUACACCCUGAUUUCCAUGGGGAUUACAAUGUCACCAUAAUCCUAUUGUUUCAACAUUACGAGGGAAUGAGGUUUUCGCCUCAAAGAUUCGCGUUUGAUCGCGUCCUCCGAGUGUUCCCCGUCAAAUUCACCAAAUCCCGAGCUGAAUUGCCCGAAAUCUCGCAAUGUGUGAGGUCUGAUCUUGCUAGAAACGUUUGGUCUGGCAGGUGGACUCGGCAUGCCAAGAACGACACCUGCCUUGUUGACAAUGGCGGGCGGUUUAUAUGCCAAGACCCGAGUUUCCCUUGCCAAAAACCGUGGUGCCAUGGUGCCAUGGGCGGGCUGGAGAGCAACGGGUGGGUAUACUCAGCUCAUUGCUCGUUCAAGAUGUUCUCUAGCGAGGAGGCGUGGAAUUGCUUGAACAAGAAAUGGAUUUUUUGGUGGGGCGAUUCGAAUCAUUGUGAUACGAUUCGCAACAUCCUUCACUUCAUUCUCGACUUCCAUGACAUCCCGGAUGUUCCAAGAAGGUUCGAUGCCAACAUCACGAACCCGAAAGAUCCAUCCCAAACUGUCAGACUCACCAGCAUCUUCAAUGGCCACCCGAACGAGACGGGGAAUUACCACGGCUUGUAUUCACUAGCAAAUGCCGAGUAUAGAGAGUUCUUAAAAGGGUAUUUUUCCGGUAAUGUUGUCCCCGACACUAUAAUCAUGAACUCGGGUUUGCACGACGGGGUGUACUGGCCUAGCAUCCGAGCUUUCAUCAAGGGCGCAGAUUACACCGCAGCGUUUUGGUCCGAGGUGAUCCAAGCGGUGAAGCAGCGGCAUAAGGUGCCACCGAAGCUUCUAUACAGAACCACGGUGACAACCGGCGGCUAUGCAAGAACAUUGGCUUACAAUCCCCAGAAAAUGGAGGCGUUCAACGGGGUCGUGUUGGAUAAGCUGAGGGCAUACGCCGCCUUGGAUAUGGUCAUCGACGAUUUCGACAUGACCUAUCCGUGGCACUACGACAAUAGGUGCAACGACGGGGUCCACUAUGGCCGAGCUCCCGCCAAGCUCGUGUGGAGGGAUGGGCAGAUCGGGCACCAGUACUUCGUCGACCUCAUGCUCGGGCACGUGUUGCUCAACGCUCUGUGCUCGAGAUGGUAACGCUCGAUCUUCGAGGUGCAAGCUGACCUGACAAAAGAUUGUAUGAAGCCAUGAGUUUCUGCAUUGAUUUGAACUGUUUUAUGUUCUUGAUCUGUGCAAUUGUUGUCUUGUCAGUUCUCAUAUACCACACAUUGGCAGUUGUAACUUGUAAUGUAACUAGUAUCAUAGUGAUGUAAAUAGUAGGUUAGUAUAUUAUUAUAGUUAUGAAUUUAUGAUUAUUGUUGUUUCAUUGUUUUUUUCACAGAUUAUGAGUAACUGUUCA